ACCGCGCGCCGCCGUCGAGUCCCGUCAACUACUCCGUAUUCAGGCAGGGAAAAUGCGGUAGCUGGGGUAGUGGAUGAUUCUUGCUCGAGUGGACCGCGUUAGCAUCUAGAUGGGAGACGAGGAACAGAUCUUGCUAGCUCGAGCGAGCGAUUGGAAAUCCGGCAUCGUAGUGACUCAAAGAUUCGCGCGGGAGCGAAAGAAGUCGUCGGCUGAUUCGGAGCUAGCGGAGUUUUCACGCUAGCUACGGAAUAAAUUAUCACUCGGGAUCCCGACUAAGCAAUGAAAGUAUAUGGGGCGAUUCCUUUCGGAGGAAUUCUUAUCUAUUAUUAGGCUAAUUCAGCGAAGGCUCGUCAAGCUGUGACGACACGCUAUUUUUCCCCUCCCGUAGAUGGAGACCGCUCUGUUUUGCUCGGGUCUCCCGUUACCGCCGACGACGACCGUCUUUCGGGGUGUUCGCGAGUCGGGGAAACUGGAACUCGCCGCUCGUUUGGCUAGUUCCAAGUCUUCAGUCCAGGAUGCGUCUGACACAAGUUUUGUUUGGCGUGUUCAAGAAGAAGGGUAUACGAGGUCAACCUUUCCGAUUCACAAAGCACACUCCAGGAAAGAUUGAUAUCGGAAAGCAUCGCAUCGUACCAGAUGUGAAGACAGGUCAUAAACUGAAGAUGUGGGAGAGAUUGGCGAUCGAAGAAGAGAAUAUUCUUUACAUUUCGAACCCGUAUCUCACAAAAGAGGAAGACCGGCAUGUUCCUAGGGAAAUCGUUCAACUCGGAUGUAGAAAAUUCGAGGCCCAUCAGCGGCCACCGUUCAAAAGGAGACCUCUCCGGUCAGUCUAUUUCGGUGAAAUUCUCGAUGGUCUAAACGCGACGAGACAAUGGGAGAAUUACUGAUCACGUGUGGAAUGAAUAAAAUGGGAUGUAGU